AUGAGUGAACUCCAACGCUCCUUCGCACGCGCCCACCUGUCGCGUCUCCCUCCGGAAGCUCCCGCCAUUUCUGAUGUCCCGACUGCUCUCGAGGGUGAAUCUCUCGAUGCGUGUCCGCCAUCUCCGGAGGAUUCCUCCUCAUCCGCCUCAUCUGCUUCUUCAGUUGGUACGAUAGUACCCUCACCAAGUCGGAAUCUAUUCGAAAGGCCCAAGGGUACUGCCGCUGGAUCGCGGAACGGACCGCUUCCUUGGAAUGAUUUCUUUUCAGAAGAGCUUUUCUUCGAGCAGAAGACACCAUCAGAGACCAUUGUCCAUCAUGCUUAUUUAACACCACCCUCGUCUUCGGGGCCCUUGAUUGUUACUCACCAUGGCGCCGGGUCAUCAGGCUUAUCAUUCGCAAUUUUUACAGCCGAGUUCUUGAAACUGGUCCCCGAAGCAGGCGUCUUAUCUCUAGAUGCCAGAGGCCACGGUCAAACAACAACGACAGCCUCGUCAGGCGGUAGCCCUCCUACACAGGACUUGAGCUUGACUACAUUAGCCGAAGACCUGGCUUUCGUGGUCAAUGGCGCAAAGGCAAAGAUGAAGUGGGCCAACUUGCCGGACAUCGUGCUUAUCGGCCACAGUCUAGGGGGUGCUGUAGUGACCGAAGUGGCUCAUCAAAAACUGUUGGGCAGAUCACUCCUAGCAUACGGCGUCUUGGACGUUGUGGAAGGCUCUGCCAUGGAUGCUUUGCGCAGCAUGGAUACAUAUCUCUCCACCAGGCCAAAAUCCUUCCCUUCCCUCGCGUCCGGGAUUGACUGGCACGUCAAAUCUCGCACGAUACGGAAUACAACCUCGGCGAGAGUGUCGGUCCCGUCCCUUCUCCAAGAGUCCGAAACCCACGACAAGUGGUCAUGGCGGACCGAUUUGGCGUCCACAAAGCCCUUCUGGGAAGGCUGGUUUAUUGGUUUGUCUAAGAAAUUUCUCGAGUCCCAGGGAGGGAAAUUGUUACUUCUUGCCGGAACUGACAGGCUUGACAAGGAACUCAUGAUUGGCCAAAUGCAAGGUAAAUAUCAGCUGCAAGUAUUCCCAGAUGCUGGCCAUUUCAUUCAGGAGGAUCAACCGGCCAAGACAGCCCAGGUGGUUGCAGAUUUUUACAAGCGAAAUGAUAGAAGCGCCCUUGUCCUUCCUCCCAAGGUAGAUGACCUGAUCAGGCAAGGCAAACUGAAGCCUGCAGGCCACAAGUGA